AUGGAAAUCACAAAGAUAUGCAAGAGACAGAAAAAACAUGUGAUGUCUAUACCCAAAGAAGUUGUUAUGGAGAUAUUACAAAGAGUACCAGGAAAAGAUUUGGCUGAAAAGUUAAAGAUGGUGUGUAUGCAAUGGUGUUCGAUUAUCUAUAGUGGAAGCUUUGCCUACUCACACAUUAAGCAGAUAAUAAAGUCAUCAUCGUUCUCGCAACUUGAAGCAGUUAUAAUUAAGGAGGCAAAUGAUCAACAGUCAAUAACAGUUUCUUCUUUGGAAUGGCACAAUUAUUGCAAUCAAAAUCGUGAUGAAUUCGAACAUUGGGAGACUAAAGACUUAUAUACAACAAAAAUCGUAUCUGCCCAACCAAGACCUAUGUUGCAUCUGUGGCAGUGGCAGAUAAUGAAGACGGCGAAUUCUAUGAAUGGUUUCAUCUGUUUUUGGUCUAGGCAUGAUGCUUGUUUCCAUAUCUUCAAUCCCGUCAGUAAAGAACAUGUCAUCACUCCAACCUAUACACAUAAAGGUUUACAGAAUGGAUAUGUUGCAAUGGGCUUUGGGUUCUGUCCAGUUACUUAUGAAUAUAAGGUGGUUGUUCUUUAUGAUACAAAUUCGAAUAACAUUAAACCUUUAGUGUUCACUAUAGGAAGAGACAAAUCAUGGAGAGCUUUGAAAGAUAUUCCCCAUAAAAAUUUUGCUAAUGAAGUUCAGGCAGUUGUAUAUUUGAAGGGAAAAUUAUACUGGUCUGGAGAAAAUGUUAUUGGGGAAGAAAUAGUUAACACUCUUAUUUGCUUUGAUGUUUCGAAGGAAGAAUUCGAAAUAGUUGUAGCUCCAAUUGAAAUUCCAGAAGGACCGUUAACUGUAGCGGAAAACAGAGGAAGGUUAUCUGAUAGAAUUGAUGAUGAUCUGAGUAAUUUAAAUUCAUGGAAGAUAAAGUUUUGUGUGACUCUUCCGAGUAUUGCAUACAGAAUGGACGGACUUGGGGAUGUGUAUCUCGUAAAGAUUACUGAUGAGAUAUUGUUGAUUCAACUUGAUAAAAAAAACUGGGGUUUAUUUCACGUAACAAAUGGCAAGUUGUUGGGUUUAAUUCCGUUGCCUUAUUUUGUAACUGCAGCAAUCCCAUAUGUGCCAAGUUUGGUUGCUCUGCGCCACCGCCCACUACUUGCUUCCUCCUCCUAUUCACCAUAG